AUGAUAGCUGGUUUUAAGCUAGGUUGUAGGCCACUAAUUGGUGUAGAUGGAUGCUUCCUAAAGGGACCAUAUGGUGGUCAUCUACUUAGUGCAGUGUCUAUUGAUAGUAAUGGUCAAAUGUUUCCAGUUGUAUUUGUAGUAGUGGAAUCAGAGACUAGAGGUUCCUGGGAAUGGUUCGUGGGAGAGUUCCAGGAUGUUGUAGAGCCAUACCAUGAUAUAACCUUUAUAUCUCACAGACAAAAGGGUUUAGUAGAAACCUUUGAUUCACUUAUGGAAGGGUCAGAUCACAAGUUUUGUGUGAGACAUCUUUAUGAUAAUUUUAAGCUGAGAGACUUGAAUGUUGAAGCUUAUGAUUGGUCAACAAAGGUGCCAACUAAAUUGUGGGCAAGGUCAUCCUUCACUGAAACUUCAAAAAAUGAUAUACUCAUUAAUAACAUUUGUGAAAGUUGGAAUGUUGUAAUUCUUGAAGCAAGGGAUAAACCAAUAAUCUACAUGCUUGAAUGGAUUAGAAGACAUCGAAUGCUAAGGUUCCAGUGUAAGAAAGAGUGGAUGCAUACACAAUUUGGCUUCUUAUGUCCAGAUAUACAAAAGGCAUUGAACAAAGUCAAACAGCAAGCUACCAUGUGUAAAGUUCAUUAUGCUAGUAAGAACAAGCAUGUUGUGGCAUGUAUUUUCAUUAAGAGGGACUCUCUUGAGGCAUAUGUUCACCCAUUUUAUCAGAGGGAAACCUAUGUGAAGUGUUACAGUGGCAUGAUCAUUCCCAUUCCAAUGGAAAAGUUAAUGAAAACUGGCACUAUUGACCCAUUGCUUCCACCACACUAUAGGAAACCCAUUGGUAGGCCAAAAAAGGCUAGAAAUAAGAAGAAUGAUGAUCCCAAAGUUACAACCAAGCUUAGCAGAUCAAUGGUUGGUCUAAAAUGUACCAAGUGCAAAAAGAAUGGGCAUAACUCAAGGACUUGCAAAUUACCUGAGCCUUUGAUCAUUGACAGACCUCCACCAAGGAGGGAGGUAGACCACCAAAUAUUGGAAGAGGGAAAGCAAGAGGACCUGCUGGGAUGA